AUGGAAGGCGAUUGUGAUACUCAAGCGGCUUGGACUCUGCUUCAGUUGAGGAACACCGCAAUAGAUGCUGAAACUGCCAGACAAUUGCGGGUUCAGAGGAGAAAAAUCGAGGAAGAAAGAAGAAAUCGCAAUUUGACUAGGCAAAGACGUGUUUUUGAUGGUGGGUUGAUUGGGAGACAGACAAAAGAUGAAGACCAUCACCGUCGUUACAACAACAACAAUGUUGGAUUGCUUGCCCGGAAAGAAACAGCGGAUCGGCGCUUACCCGGGAAUAACGAUGAUCAUCAAUUGCCGAGGUACCCACCAAGAACGAGCGUAGCCAGAAGCCUAAUCCAACAAGGUUGUUGCAGCGAGCCAUUCGACAAGGUUUUGAUGACUAGUGAUCUGAGUAGCCAUCUUCAGAAACUGGCAUUGAAGAGGGGGAAAGUAACCAAACUGUGGUUGCCAAUGUUGGAGCCCGGAGAAGAUGUGGUAGCGGGGAUUAAGGUUCGUACAUAUGAUUGGUUGGGGAAUAGGUUUGACAUGACAUUCAAGGCUUGGACAGACAAAAGAAAUUAUGUCUUGACAUCUGGGUGGCUUCGUUUGUGUGAGACACACAAGGACACGAUGGCAGUCGGUGAUCGGGUCGUCAUCUGGAUGUUCAGAGAUACAUCCAACCGAAUUUGCUUCGCUCUGAGUCUUAUCAAGAACAACAAUUUGGGACGAGGAGAAUGUCGGAAAAGUCUCCCAGAAUCAGAAUCCAGAAGAGCAGAAUGUCGGAGUAAUAACAUUAGUCCAAAUUAUUAA